UCCCCGAGGCCCGCGAGGACCAAAGGGAGCGGGUAUGAUGCCGGGCCGACGGCCGGAACCGGGCGGCCCCCGAGGGGCAGGGGCGAAGGUCGUCCCGAGGCCGAGGCCCCUGCAGUCCACUUCCCCCAGGCCCGGCCGCCUCCAGCGCUACCUGUCCAACGGGGAGUUCGACCAGCUUUGCGACUUCCCCAUAUUUGAGAGCAACUUCGUCCAGGUGACUCGGUUCGGAGAGGUGGCCAACAAGGUGACCAUGGGCGUGGCCGCCACCAGCCCGGCCCUGGAGCUGCCCGACAUACUGCUGCUGGCCGGGCCGGCCCCGGACAAGGGGGGCCUACAGCUACUGCUUGCUGAUCCCCUGCAGUUUGUGGAGCUGUUCAUCCACGAUGAGAAACGGCAGCAGCUGAAGGUGAAGCUCCGGUCGGGCCGCACCUUCUACCUGCAGCUGAGGGCUCCGGCCUCGGAAGACCAGGAGUUCGGCCGCUGGGUCCGGCUGCUCUACCGCCUGCGCUUUCACUCGGGCACCAGGGUGCCCUUCACCCAGGCCCCCGGCCCCCCGGAGGAGGAGGGGCCGUGCCGCCGGACCAGAGGUGAAGGCCAGGAGCCCCCCUCCCCCAAUCCUGCAGACACCCCAGAUGUGAGACGCCGCUGCCUGUUACUGCCGCCCCCCACGCGGAGCCCUUCACCCCAGUGCUCCCCGACCUCCGGAGACGCCAAUCUUGUCUUCCCCUCCCCCCCAGCGGCCCGGGGACGCGCACACCCCCCCCCCCGGGACACGGAAGGGUCAGAGAGGAACCUUCCCCGGUCAGGGACCAACCGGAUAACAAAUUAAUAAAGACGCCGAACGUCAGAACGAAGGGCUGAACCUUCAGAGUGGGGGCGCCCGUCCUGGGGGAGGAGGGGUCUGAGGGGCCCUGAGCCCGGCCCACCCCGGGGGCUGGGUGAGAGGCGGCAGCGCCGGCCUGGAAGUCACCGGAUCCUCCUUCCUCCAUCCCUCCCUCCUCCUUUUCUUCUCC